AUGACUUCUGGCAGCUUUGCCCCUCUUACGUUCACUUACGAUCCUAUCAACAAGAUUGAUCUGGACGUUUACCUCCCUACCAACAAUGCCAUACAAGGUGAUAGGGUAGAUGUCGAUAUCAAAUCACUUCCAGCUUUGAUCUUCUUCCACGGAGGGGGGUUGACCUCAGGUUCAAAAAAGGAUUUAUAUUUCCCUACAUACUUGAUGGAACAAUGCCUAUCGAAAAAUAUCAUCUUCAUCGCUGCCAACUAUCGACUUCUCCUUCCCCUAUCCGGAAUCGAUGUUUUACAAGACGUCGAAACGCUCUUCUCCUAUCUCUCUUCUUCAUCUACCGAACUCGUUUCUUCCCUUCAGACCAGAGGAUUCAAAUUGAACCACGAGAGAUUAGGCGUAGUGGGCGUAUCAGGUGGUGAUUAUCUAGCCAGAGCAUCUAUCGUCUUACCUCCUUCCAAAAUCCCCGAAACGGUCAGACCAAAAGUCUACGUUGACUUAUAUGGAAUGGGUGGUGAUUGGUUAUUAGAUCAUUGGAUCAAGGCUAAACCCUCUAUGCCAAACCUGGUUGGAACUCCAUAUGAUCUAAAUAAAGUCGAAAGAAUUUUGGCGGAUGUCCAACAAGGUAAAGAAGGAGUGAAGAGUGAAUCACCAAUUCAAUUUGGAGGUGAUGAUCAAGGUCGAUUAGGGUUCUUAAAUCAUUGGUAUAAAACUGGUGAAUAUGUGGAUCACUUAUUGGAUGAACCUGGCCUAUCAAGAAGAUUGGAGUUGUUACCUUACGAAGAAAGGUUUGAAGCAAUUCCACAAGAUAAGAAAUGGUUGUUAUUACCCCUUGAAAAAGAUCGACUAUACCCAAAGACGAUGAUUAUUCACGGAGAAAAAGAUAAUUUGGUACCUGUAGAUGUAUCAAAGCAAUUACAGAAGGAUUUAGAAAGUUUAGGUGACAAUGUUCUUGAAAUUCAAGCGAUUUACCCUAAAGAUGCGGGACAUGGAUUGUUGGAUGUCGGGAAAUUCCCAAAUAUCGUUCCCAUUCCCGAAAUCACAGAGAUCUUCGAUAGGUUUGUAGAUUUUGUAAGUGAUGCUCUGAAAGAAUAA